UUUAACUAAAGUUAUUAAUUAAAUUAAUAACGGCAGUUAAUUAAUUUUCAGUAUUGAUAUAGAAUUGUGUCGAAUGCGGCAUGGACAGAAAGAAUUGCGCAGUUCUGGUACGCGUUUUGAAUUUUUACCUCAGGAGCUAAAACGAAGACAAGAGGAAGCAUAAUCAUGUAUAAUCGGAUAAACCCUCUCAUGUGGGAUUGAACUGGUGGUUUGAGAAACAGAAUGGAAGAACAAAAACUAACAGUUGGUUUGCACAUACUCGGUAUCUGUGCUGUACUCGCAUAUGGAAAUGAUUGUGGCCAAAGUGAAUAUCUAUCAUCGGCAGGGAAAUGCUGUCCUAUGUGUAAUAUAGGUUUGGUGGUUUUAAGAGAUUGUACUGGUCCUUACACCACAAAGUGCAAACCAUGCUCCAAGGGAACAUACAUGAAUGCACCCAAUGAACUUAACAAGUGCUUUCCGUGUAAAACAUGUGAUAAAGGCCUGUCUGCAUCAGAACAAUGUACCAGAAUAAAAGAUACUGUCUGCGAUGUUCUGGAUGGACAUUAUUGUAAGUAUUACAGUGGCAAAGAAUGCGAGAUGGCUUUGAAACACAGUAAAUGUGAACAAGGGCAACAGAUCAAAACUCCAGGGACCAAAACCUCAGAUACAGUUUGUGAGCUCUGUUCACAUGGUUAUUAUUCUCCAGAGGGAGAGAACUGCACUAAAUGGACUGACUGUUCUAUCAAAGAUAUGAUUCAAGACGAGGAAGGCAGUUCUGUAAAAGAUGUUCAAUGCAAACAAAGAAGGAAGAGAUACUUUCUCAUACCUGGAUUUGUUAUUAGUCUCAUUUUUGUUUUACUGUUUUUAUACAUGAAGCAAAGGUCUUUAAGCAAAUCAAAUAAGAUGAUGCAGCAAUGGCACAGUGAUCACCAGAAACCACCAAUUUCUGUUGAAGAAACAAACAAUGGCAGUGCAAAACUUGUGACAUCAUUGAACUGUGAAAACGAACCAGAAGAAAACCUGAAGGAUGCGAUCACGUGAUCCUGCUAAGUUGUUCAUUUGUGUUCAGCAAGACCAAUAAUGUGUGUGACCAAGAAUCCAACUAAAAUUUCAAAUUCAAGUGUAUUUGUAUAGUGUUUAUAACAAUGGACAUUGUCUCAAAACAACUUCACAAAAUCCAGGACCAACAGACCAAAAACCCCUUUUGAGCAAGCCAAGGGUGACAGUGGCAAGGAGAAACUGACCUAACAUUACAGGAAACCUUGAGAAGAACCUCAGCAGGGACCAGUUCUUGAGUGAAACUACUUUAGUUUAUUAUUAAAUUAAAACCACUACAGGUUAAUAAUAUAACAAUGUUGUUGUAGAAUUCUUAAACAAUUGAAGCGGCAUAUAGUACAUGACUGCAUGUUGGCCUUUGGUGAUUUUCUACAACAUUGUUGGUGUAUCAGCUUACAAUGCCUAUAUCAUUUGGACUGAAAAGGUGAACCUGCCAACUCAAUCUCCAGCAGCAAACAAUGAAUCCAGUGGGCACAGGUGAUGGCAAGAAGAGGAAAAGCUACCAGGACUGCCCCUCUCAACAAAAUAGUAAAACCAGCACCACAUGUGUCUGGUGCAGGAAAUACAUCUGCAGUAAACACCUGCUUACACUGUGCUUAUCAUGUGGGUAGUAAUGAAAAUGUGAAGAGAUUGUUUGACAAAAAAUUUAAGACUAACCAUAUCUGAGAUACAGAAUCCAAAAAAUUAAACAGAAUUAAAACAUUUGUAAAUCUGUGUUACCAUGUUAUUAACCAUUUUUACAAUGCUACAGUUUAUUAACCCUUUAAUGGUCUCUCCAAGAAAAUAAUGUUUAAAAAAAUAUUUAUUUGCAUUUCUUAGUUUCUUGGGACUAUAGAAACAAAAACAAUUAAUAUUUUUACCGGUGCACACAUUUUGUUUAAUGAGCCUCUGCUAAACAGUUGAGAUAAUCACAUAAAUGAUGCAACUGCAACAUGGAUCAUUUUUCAGCUGCUAGCUUCAAGUUAAUAUAAAGGUUAGAAAUGCAUCUACCAAUAUUAGAGUAGAGUAAAUACGGCCCAGACACGAUUAUUUAAAUACAGCUUGUUUUUACCCAAGUAUUUAGACACAAAGUAAGCUCAACCAAAGGAUGAGCAGACCAUUAAGGGGUUUAUAAUUGUAAAAAAAUGUAUAUAUCAUAUGUUCUUAUAUUUCAUGUAUUUUCUGAUAAUUCUUAAUAAAGAUCUCUUUUGACUUGA